AUGCCAAAGAUUUGCAGAUAUCACGCGAGCUCCACCUCAAGAAUUGAUCACUCUAACAAGCUCUUGGCCAUUCGUGAUCUGGGGCAUCAACCUUAUCAGCCUCUUGCCUCAAGAAAGGGGGGUGUAAAGUUCGCAGUAGUUGCCGUGGACUAUUUCACCAAGUGGGCAGAGGUCGAACCGCUGGCAAUAAUAACGUCGAACAAGCUUAAAGACUUCGUCUAUAAGAACAUAAUUUGUUGGUUUGGGAUUCCCCAAACAAUAAUAACUGAUAACAGGAAACAGUUUGACAGCGAAGACUUCAAGACCUUCUGCGAGCAGCUCGGCAUCAAGAAAAGUUUCAUCGCCGUUUAUUGGCCCCAAGCCAAUGGGCGAGUAGAAGCUGUAAACAAGGCAAUCAAGCACACCAUAAAGAAAAAGGUCGACGACCUUAAAAGAAGAUGGGCCAAUAAAUUGCCAAAAGCUCUAUGGUCCUACAGAAUGACAACCAGGAGCUCGAUAGCUGAAACCCCAUUCUCUCUAUCAUACGAGUGUGAGGCAAUGGCCCCGGUUGAAGUGGGAAUCAGUUCAUUCCGAAGAGAAGCCUUUGACAAAGAAGUAAAUGAUGACCUUUACCGCCUAAGGUUAGACCUGAUUGAAGAACAUUGGGCCAAGUCUCAGUUAAGGCUCGCCUUGUAUCAACAACGAGCCAAAUGA